AUGGUGUUUCUCAAAGAAUUCGCGCCGCGGAAGGCUGAAAGACGGCCGCCGCAAACGUACCUCAAAAAAACGGUGCUCCGGUCGUCCGUGGUGGUCAAGUUCUUGCCCGAUUUCCUUGUUUGCACAAAUAAACCACUCAAAGGACUCGCUAGCACUUCGGUUAAUGACGAGGCAGACCAAACGCUACAUUCCCGGGACCAGGAUUCGUAUUUCAGUAGCGAUUUGGGCGACGAUGAUGUCAUGAUGCUUGGAUUGGACGCCGAAAACGAAACAGAUCCUCUCGUUUUCCAGGUUCCGGCUGCAGAAUUCCAGGCAGUGGAUAUUGUGGUUAGACUAACCUCCUUAGUGAUUGACGGUGUAGAGUUUGGGCUCAAUUCCGCUGUUUCUGACGUAGUUCUUCUUCAAGGUGCUCGUGGAACAGACCCAAGCGAGGAUUCCCUUCUAGUGUCACUUAAAUCGGGCUUUUUGCUCCUAAUACGUAUCUGGAAGGUUUCUCGAACGUUUUUGGGUGCCGGGUAUGCGUCGGACGCUCUGCAGCUGCCGGCGCCUAUCCUGUACGUUUACAAGCCGUUUGUAGUCCAGUGGUGGCGCCUGAACGACCAGAGGCCGCUGGAAAUGACAGGCACUGCUCUCUAUAGUCAUGAUUCGGGUCUCGCUGUGGUUUCUGUGUCGCCGCAGUCGUUGUUCCGUAUCUACACCCCCGAAAACACAGACCUAGGCAUUGCCUUUAAACCACACUUCAAUGUUCCGGUGGAUGGUGUUAUUCUUCAUUCCUGCUUCGCAAAACCAUACGAGACACUGGACGCAAUCAGUCAGAUUCUCUUUCUUACUCUCACGUUGACGGACGAGAAACGCUUGGUGCUUACACUCCACAGUUGGUUCGUAGCAGAUCUGCUUUUCCAGAACAUUCAGAAAUCGUCGCUUCCAUUGAUGAAUCUGUUCACAUGGCCCAUUAUGGUCAUUCCAUUGGCUGUUAAUAGUAGCUUCUUGCUCGUUUGUCCGGACGAGUUUGUGAUCAUCACCGCACACAAUAUCUGGUCUGCUGAUUACUCGUUCCACAAAUUUGCCUACGAUGGCUCGUUUCCGACAGCAUACUACAGACCGCCCAAGGAUGAAGACGAUGACUCAAGGGGGGAUGAGUUCUUCUUGGCAUCAGACUCGGGCGUGAUUUACCUUAUCGGUGUCGCUUCCAACGAGAGCUUGGAGAUUCGCCCAUUUCUCAGAAUCAAUGAGGCCAUAUCCGAAUUCACAUUGAAGUCCCUGCAGCCGCGCUCCGGGUUUGUUCUCGAGUAUUCUUGUGACGGUGGGGCAUCCAAAAGACUUUAUUUCCCACACGAACUCCUGUCACUGAUAUCAUCGCUGCUGGCAGCUGAAAAGAUCCCAUAUAGCGAAGGGGUUUUGUUGUACGACUAUAAGGGCUGGACCCCUAUAGUCGAUUUUGCGCUUGUCGACUCGCCGCAGCACCCAAUCAUGUCUCAGCAGAAGUUGGCGCUUACCGGAUCUGGAAAACGGACCAGGUUGACUCUGUUCCAGCUGGGCUAUUGCAUCCACAAGGACACCCGAUGCUACUCGGCUCUCCGGAAAAACAAGACCAUUUUCUCUUUCAAUCUUGGAGAGCGACUCUUUUUGGUGUGCUCACUGAGUGCUGGUUCGUCCUUGAUUGAGUAUAGCCCAACAGAAAUGGAGGAUGACGCCGGCGCUGCCGACGCCUUGACUGAAAUAGAAUCCAAUCACUUCGAAUCGCAAAUGCCUACUCUCUGCUGUGGCGUUGUUGAAGAAAAAGAUAUCAUGUACCAGUUUGUUGCUUCAGGUGUGUUAUUCUCUGACUUUGAUAGCAGCAGAUUCGAGAGUUUUGGCGUCAAACGACUUAUCUGCGCUAAAGUUGUUGGCGAUCUCGCAGCUUUGAUAUUCGAGACCGACUCAAUGCUCAGUCUCAAAUUGUUCAAAAUGGAAGUGUCUGGCCUCGAGGAAGAGCCUACCACCCUGUUCUUUCAGCCAAUUACUGACACAUCGAUAGAGCAGAAUUUCAGCUCUUUCGAGGUGAGUCGUCUGGGCGAUACAUUACUACUCUUCCUAGGGUUUUUCGACGGCUCUGUGGGAAUUGUACAAACCAACUUUCAAACAGGAGCCAACACAUCCACCAGUUUCAUCGUUACAGAAACUCUGGAGAGUAAAAUCCUCGAUGUUGAUUGUUGUGUUCCCAGCAGUUUUGCAUACGUGCCCCAUUUGCACACUUUGUUUGUUGGCACAAUCAAUGGUUCAGUUCUUUCGUUUACAUUGAGCAAUGAUCUCCGUGUCAACUUUAAACGAAUACAUGAAUUGGGAACUGACUCUGUUUAUUUGCAUUCAAGUGUGAACGAUCCCAACUUUCUUCUCGCAUCAUCCACUACACUCUUUUUGUAUAAUUUCUAUGCAUCUGAAGACCCACAAUUGGCGUCCUUCAACGACCGGGUGGACAGAAAUAUCGUGAUGUUUGCUGAGCUUCCAUUAACACAGGCACCAUAUCUUCCGUUUGCGUUUCUCAGAGACGACGGUGUGAUAAUUGGUUCCAUCUUUACCCACAUUACAACUCUAGUCAAGCAGGUGAUGAUAGGUGUUGCUGCAAAGAAAUUUGUUUUCUUUGACGUUGCUGGCACAUUCAUCAUUCUGUGCAAAGCAAAGGAUCCAUCGGGAAGGUUGUGCUUCGUUGACCAGAAGACUUUCAAGAGUCUUCAAUGUGAUCAUACGAGCUCUGCGCCAGAAUCUGAAGAGUCAUCAUUAGUAUUUGCCGAUGACGAGCAUCCUUUAUGUAUGCAUGUGUGGAAUAUUCGGCGCCAGGAUAGAACAUCGAAGAAAUUGAUUGUUGGGUGCGAAUCCGAGAACGGUGGAACCCUCAAGGUCAUCGAUGUUCGUCGAAAGCACCUUCAAGAUCACACAGUAGCUAUUGAGAUAACCGAGCUCUACUCGUUGCAACAUAAUCGGCCCGUCACGUCAAUCUGCCAAAUUGGAAGUGCGAUCUAUUUCUCCAGUGAAAACACGGUCUAUUCCACGGAAUAUAGUAUGGAAAGCAAAAAAUUCGGUGAUUUGGGAAAAGUCGCCGACAUGCCGUCGCCAGUGAUUUCGAUUUCGGCACAGCAUGGUAAGUUGCAGGUGAACACGCUAAGGGACUCGGUAUUCCUGUUUGACAAAAGCAGCGGAAGCAGUGCUUUGAAUGUCGUCUACAAUGACCCCGUUCCACGAAGUUUGGUCAAUCAUUUCCAACUCGACAGCAGAAUGGUUCUCGGUGAUAAGCUUCGCUCAUCAAUGUUGGUGGUAGAUACAAAUCUUAGCUCUAGAAUGGCAAAUUACUGUUACCAACUUCUGUUUAUUCCAAGAGUUUUUCUGGCCAGUGCUGACGCUUCUUAUGACUGUGGAGUUGAAAACACGAUGCUGAUUCUAUGUGUUGGUGUGAGCGGAGACUUUGUCAUGUUUAGCCUUGUGGGAAACGAAGAUGCCUCAUUCAAGGAUCUCAGCAACAGAUUGGAGCAAAAGUACCAUUUGCGGCCCGGCGCGCCAGUGCAAGAUUUCAUGGAUCGGUUGAAUCGUCCGUUUGUCGGUAAACUCACAGGCAAGGGAUUGCACAGUUUGAAUCGCCCAUUUUUCGACUAUUCAGAUAAUCAGGGUAAAGUGAUAGAUCUAGACAUUGACGAAAUUGCUGUUUUGGGUAUUCUCAAAGCAUGA